AUGGAAGCAUUAGACAUUCUUGAAAAACGCAUUGAUACAUUAUCUCGUAUUUUGGGGCCGCUACCUGAGGGUGGAAAUGCAAAUGCUAGUGGUUCCUCAGAGCCAAGCAAACCCACGGGUGUCGCUCCGGAAGCAGUGGUCGAUUCGUUGCUUUCAGUUAACAGCAUGUUGAACGGGGUAAUUGGAAAUCGCGAACAAAUUGCAAAAGCAAUGGCAAGGGCUCCGGAACUUGAAAAAUAUCUUGAUCCAAAUUUCUUGGAAGAAAACCAGCAGGUGCGUUCCAAAGAGGUAUAUUUAAAUGCAGUAGCUCCCGAUUUGCAUGCGCAGUUUGACCAAUUGGACCGAGUUAAACAGCUGGAACCCACAUUAGGCGCCGAAUAUUUCCGCAGUAUACCAGGCGAAUGCACCGAAAAACUAAAACAACAUUCACAGGAUAAUGCAGAGUUUGCCCAGCAAGCUGAAUUGAUAGAGGAAAGUCUGAUAUUGGCCAUGAAGCGUUAUGGAGAAAUACAAACUGGUCUCUUGGAGUCCCUUGGCGUUAUGAACAAGAGGCUUGAAGCUAUUGAAGAAAAAAUGGAACAAAAAAAACGUACUGAGGCCGAAUUGGAACUACCAGUUCCACAGGAAUGAAAGCAUUACUUGCAUCGCAAUUCAUUUGCACGCGUAUUUUAAACGGUAUUAAGCGCUUUAGCUAUUAUGAGUGGAAACCGGAGAUGAAUUGGCUUAAUAGAAAUCCGAUCUAAUACUGAUUAGCGUACUUGUAUGUGUAUUUAUACUUUAUUUUUAAAUAUAUUAUCUAGUGUCUCUAAAUGGAUGUCCUUUGACCUGUCUUUAAACAUUAUUGGAAAAAAUUUAAUUAAACUGUACAAUGGCCUUAUUAAUAAAACAUAUAAUAGAUUUAAAGAGCUCUAUUAA